CUAAAAAAAGUAAACCCAGGAAAAGACGGUGGCCGAGUGUUCAAGCCGCGACACGCGACCGCGUUCUGGCUUUACGGAGAAGAUGUCCUAAUAUGGGUGGUUCUAGUGCAUGGGAGUGCGUAGUUUUGCUCUCAGUCCUCGUCUGUCGAGUUUCUGGACUUGCCUCGGAUAUAUUUGAAGAAGGCAAAUCAGACAAAGAGAUUCUUGACAACUUGUUGAAGAAUUCAAGAUAUGACAAGAGGCUUCUCCCGCCAGUUCAAGAUGCUGAUUUCUGUUGCGGCCUACAGUCCCCAGACGGCGUGCCCGGACUUAGGGAGUCGGAGGCAACCAAUGUGCCGCGAACGCAGCACCGCGGCACUCUCACAGUCAAUGUCAGCGUGUUAUUGUUGAGUCUAGCUUCGCCAGACGAGUCAAGUUUGAAAUACGAAGUAGAAUUUCUCCUGCAGCAGCAAUGGUUCGAUCCGCGGUUGCGAUACUCGAACCAAAGUCAAUACGAGUACCUGAACGCGAUUCACCACCACGAAGACAUUUGGCUGCCGGACACCUAUUUCAUCAUGCACGGAGACUUCAAAGAUCCUAUCAUACCCAUGCACUUCGCGCUACGCAUCUACAGGAACGGGACCAUCAAUUACCUCAUGAGACGUCACUUAAUUCUUUCGUGUCAAGGACGUCUAAAUAUAUUCCCUUUCGAUGACCCUUUAUGUUCAUUCGCGUUAGAAAGCAUAUCAUACGAGCAAUCUGCCAUAACGUACGUGUGGAAAAAUGACGAAGACACAUUGCGGAAGUCCCCAUCGCUCACAACGCUCAAUGCAUAUUUGAUCACGAACGCUACCAUCACGUGCCCAAUAAAAGCCAGUUGGCGAGGCAACUACAGUUGCCUCAAGGUCGACUUGCGUUUCACGAGGGACCGAUCAUUUUAUUUUACGACGGUUUUUAUACCAGGAAUCAUUCUGGUUACUUCUUCGUUCAUAACAUUCUGGUUGGAAUGGAAUGCUGUGCCUGCACGCGUUAUGAUAGGCGUAACAACAAUGUUGAAUUUCUUCACAACUUCGAACGGCUUCCGAAGCACACUGCCAGUGGUGAGCAACCUAACCGCAAUGAACGUCUGGGAUGGGGUUUGCAUGUGUUUCAUUUACGCUUCUCUGCUGGAGUUCGUCUGCGUCAACUAUGUCGGAAGAAAAAGGCCAUUACAUAAUGUGGUCUAUAGACCAGGAGAAAACCCAGUGACUCAGCGUCUGCCAGCUGUUCUCAGCCGGAUAGGCAUUAUCUUGGCCAGCCCCUUGCCGAGGCGGGAUGUGUCAGGUCCGAACGAGAUAGUAGCCUGUACGAAUUGCGGUGGUGGCAGCGGUAGUCCUUGUACCCAUACGGCCAACAACGGAUGCGCCACUGAAACUGGGUUCGUGCAGGUGCGCAAAAAAGAGCCGCCUCAUCCGAUCCGAGUUGCGAAGACAAUAGACGUUAUAGCGAGGAUCACUUUCCCGACUGCGUACGCGAUAUUUUUAAUUUUCUUCUUCAUCCACUACAAAGGAUUAUAAGACAGGUUGAAUGUACG